AGGGUGGUUCGGAUUAUUGAGGCUUGACCGCCAUUUUAGUGGAAUUGAGCCCAAAGAAGAAACACCGUACCCCCCUCUAAAAAAUCGUCCAGACAAUCACUUCCGUCAAAAACAAAUAAACGAGAAACUCACUUCCUGUAGAAAAAGAGGUCGCGUGUUUCUUACAGCUUCAGCCAUGGACCUUGAGGAAAAUCCGACAUUGCACGCUGACUCUUCGCUUGUAAACGGAACGAGUUGCGCGACAGCCACCGCGCUAGCACAGGUUUUGGACUCACAGGCUAUAUCCAGCACCUCUCUUGCAACCUUUUCUGUAACCUCGGUACCAGGGUCGACUGGCUUGGCGGUUCUUACUCCAACACUUGAUGGGACCACAACUGUAACAUCCUUACCCGGCUUUACUCUUUCCAGUUUUGAUCCUGUGGACGUGAAACACGUGGGUGAUUCCAACGAAUUAGCUGUAGCGACUGUUGGGGAAGACGGCAGUCUACAUUUUACAGCCACGACUCACAAUGGAGUCACCGGUUAUCAUGCAUCUCAAGGGAGUCAAACUUUACCAACAUCUGAAGCAGAUUUUGUAUCUGACCUCAGUCAAGUGGAGAUUUUGAGUGGUGGAGAAAGUGAAGGGGGCUCAGCAGAGGAAACUGUUUGUCAGGAGACUCAGACCACAACAGCUGUGUCCAACUCCCAUGGAGAUGUGGAGAAACCAGAGUACAUGUAUGUUCAGAAAAAGAAAGGAGGCUGGCCAAAGGGAAAGAAACGUCGUAAAACAUUCCGAGACAGCAAUGCACCAAAGGCACCCUUAACUGGAUAUGUGAGGUUCCUUAAUGAACAGCGUGAAAAGGUCAGAGCGGAGCGCCCUGAUUUAAAUUUCCCAGAAGUUACAAAACUACUUGGUGCUCAGUGGAGUAAACUGUCUACUGAAGAAAAGCAACGAUAUUUAGAUGAAGCAGAAAAAGAUAAAGAAAGAUACAUGAUGGAAUUAGAAGCAUACCAAAAAACAGAUGCUUAUAAGAACUUUUUGAAGAAGCAAGCGGAACGGAAAAGAAAAAAUCUGGAGAACUCUGACAGUCUAGAUGGCUUAUCAAAUGGAAUUGAACUUUGUGCAGAAGACGAUCUUUACUGCAAACCCUGCAAUCAGUACUUUAACAACCUUCACAACAAGAGAGAACACAUUCUUGGUCGUAAGCACAAACUGACAGUGUCUGGAAAGUUAAACGAAAGUGAAGAAGAGGAAGAAUUACCUGGAUUUAACGCUCCCGUGUUCACGGAAGAGUUCCUUAAACACAAUGAAAUGCGUGAAGACGAACUGAGACAGCUUCGCAAAGCGGCCACCGAAUUUGAAGAACAGAAUUCACUCACCUCCAAACACGUGGAGAGCUUAAAACAAGCGAUAGAAAAAAUAGAAAUGGAGACAAAUCAACAACGAAAUGCCAACAUGGUGUUACUCAAUCAUCUGAGCAAUCUUCGUACAGCCCUUGUGCAAGCGUUUGCGAACUUGGUACUUCCUGGCACCAACGAGGUUCCUACAUUAGAUACUAUUGACUCGUAUAUGACCAGAUUGUAUUCAGUUAUACUGGACUCGCCGCAAGAAAAUGAGGGACUCAUAAGAAAUGUGCGAGAGAUCGUGUCACGCCUCGGAUUUCCAAACGAUGCAGAGAAAAGUCUGAAUUUGACAGAAUAGAAUCCAUUUCCAUUCUCGCCUGCAUCCAACUGGGGCCAUUUACCGCCUAACGGCUCUCGCGCAAACACACCUUAAUGGCGAGUAGCAAUCGUUUUAGACGUUCAUUGAUCCUGGCGUGGCAACUGCAAACGGGGCAAGAUUGUCCCGCGAGUUAUUUACUCAGACAGUUAAAAGCGCCUGCACAAUCAAUUCGUUUGGCCUCAACUACAUGUACGUGUAAUAGGCAAAUCAUCGUCUCAGUUUAUUUCUUCUUCCAUCGCCUCAAAGGCGCUUUGUGAGGGCAAUAUUUGCCGAACAGUGUGACUGCGAAUGUACAGUGCAAGAGGGAAAUAAUAUUCAGAAGAUGAAUUAAACGAGACCUUUAGCUCCACGGACGAGUGUGACUACGACCCUGAGAUUAAUACUCGAGCUAAAAGCGAAAUAUUAGGGGAAUUUACUCUUCUAUUCGUUAUGAGCCAAUGAGAAUUAAAAUAAAAGGAAGCAGGCUGCUCAAAGCGCGGGAAAACGCGAGUUACGAAAUCGCGAUUGAUUUGGUUUUGAUUUUAGAUCUGAUUGGUUCACAUUGUGGCGCAAAGUUUCUGGACCAAUCACAGAGCGUACACAAGUAAAACUAAUGUAAUCCUUGAUUACUUCGACACUAAAUUGAAUAUUUCUGGUUCCUGUAUUGGUUAUCUUGUUUUUAAGGCUACGCAAUUUUCGCAAAAACUCUCCUUUGAGUGUUGACGGCCACUGUUGUGUCCCGUCGUCUUGAACUCGUAGUCGUAGUCAUACAAUAAUUUAAUGAUCUCUAAAUCAAUUCCUCUGGGACAGAGAAAAAGAAAUAUUCCACACUAUUGACACUUUAAUGUGACCCCACUCUAGCCGCUCAUACGGAAUGAAAUUUCUUUCUAAGAAAUGCACAUCGUUUUCCUUUUGGGAUUGAUUCUAUCUUGAGUUAUCCAUAUUGGAUGUUUGUUCGCUGAAGAGUUCAUGUGUCAGUAGAACGAAGUUAUGAAAUCAUUGUAACGAUUCUGGAUUUGUUUUGAUUGAUAUAAA